CUGUGCCCUGGCACUUGUGCGUGCUGCUGGCGCUCGGCGCGCCGGGGCUGGCGGCAGGCAGCGGGCUCCCAGGGCCAGUGGACGUGGACGAGUGCUCGGAGGGCACGGAUGACUGCCACAUCGAUGCCAUCUGCCAGAAUACGCCCAAGUCCUACAAGUGUCUUUGCAAACCUGGUUACAAGGGGGAAGGCAGGCAAUGUGAAGACAUUGACGAGUGUGAGAAUGAUUACUACAAUGGAGGCUGUGUCCAUGAGUGCAUCAACAUCCCCGGGAACUACAGGUGCACCUGCUUCGACGGCUUCAUGUUGGCUCACGACGGACACAACUGCCUGGAUGUGGAUGAGUGCCAGGACAACAACGGUGGCUGCCAGCAGAUCUGUGUCAAUGCCAUGGGCAGCUACGAGUGUCAGUGUCACAGUGGCUUCUUCCUCAGCGACAACCAGCACACCUGCAUCCACCGCUCCAACGAGGGCAUGAACUGCAUGAACAAAGACCACGGCUGCGCCCACAUCUGCCGGGAGACACCCAAAGGCGGGGUGGCCUGCGACUGCAGGCCUGGCUUCGACCUCGCCCCAAACCAGAAGGACUGCGCACUGACCUGUAACUAUGGAAACGGAGGCUGCCAGCACACCUGUGAGGACACCGACACGGGCCCCACGUGUGGCUGCCACCAGAAGUACGCCCUCCACGCGGACGGCCGGACCUGCAUCGAGACGUGUGCCGUCAACAAUGGAGGCUGCGACCGGACAUGCAAGGACACGGCCACCGGCGUGCGCUGCAGCUGCCCAGUCGGAUUCACGCUGCAGCCGGACGGAAAGACGUGCAAAGACAUCAACGAGUGUCUGGUCAACAACGGCGGCUGUGACCACUUCUGCCGCAACACCGUGGGCAGCUUCGAGUGCGGUUGUCGGAAGGGCUACAAGCUGCUGACAGAUGAGCGCACAUGCCAAGACAUCGACGAGUGCUCCUUUGAGCGGACCUGCGACCACAUGUGCAUCAACUCCCCUGGAAGCUUCCAGUGCCUGUGUCACCACGGCUACACGCUCUACGGGACAACCCACUGCGGAGACGUGGACGAGUGCAGCAUCAACAACGGGCGCUGUGAUCAGGGCUGUGCCAACACCAAGGGAAGCUAUGAAUGUGUCUGCCCUCCAGGGCAGCGGCUGCACUGGAACCGGAAGGACUGCGUGGACACCACCAAGUGCCUCUCCAGGGCCAAGUCCUCGCCCCAGGCCCAGCUGUCCUGCAGCAAGAUGGGCAGCGGUGGGGAGAGCUGCCUUCUCUCCUGCCCCGCCCACACCCUCUUCACACCAGACUCAGAAAAUAGCUACGUCCUGAGCUGUGGCGUCCCCAGUCUCCACGGCAAGGCACCACAGAAGCACAACGCCACCAGCUCCGGGACCAGCUGCUCAGAUGCUCCAGCCCCCCUCAUCAAGCAGAAGGCUCGCUUCAAGAUCAGGGACGCCAAGUGCCACCUCCGGCCACGCAGCCGUGAGCGAGCGAAGGAAGUCCCACGACAGCCACUGCUGGACAACUGCCACGUGACUUUCAUCACCCUCAAGUGUGAUUCCUCCAAGAAGAGGCGACGUGGCCGCAAGUCCCCAUCUAAGGAGGUGUCCCACAUCACGGCAGAGCUGGAGGUGGAGGCCAAGCUGGAGGAGGCUUCAGACACCUGCAAGGCAGACUGCGUGCGGAAGCGAGCGGAGCAGGGUGUGCAGGCGGCCAUCAGGACCCUGCGCAAGUCCAUCAGCCGGCAGCAGUUCCACAUCCAGGUCUCGGGCGCGGAGUAUGAGGUGGCCCAGCGGCCAGCCAAGGCCGUGGAGGGCCAGGGGACAUGUGGCGCGGGCCAGGUGCCUCAGGAUAGCAAAUGUGGUGACUGUGGGCCAGGCACCUACUUCAGCAGCGAGCGUGGCCAGUGCGUGCCCUGUGCCCCGGGGACCUACCAGGACCUGGAGGGCCAGCUCAGCUGCACACCAUGCCCCAGCAGUGACGGGCUCGGCCUGGCAGGUGCCCGCAACGUGUCCGAGUGUGGAGGCCAGUGCUCUGCCGGCUCCUUCUCCCCAGACGGCUUCCAGCCCUGCCAGGCCUGCCCUGUGGGCACAUUCCAGCCAGACGCCGGGCGCACCCGCUGCUUCCCCUGCGGAGGGGGGCUGCUCACCAAGUUUGAGGGCGCCACCUCCUUCCAGGACUGCGAGACCCGAGUGCACUGCUCCCCGGGCCACCACUACAACACCACCACCCACCGCUGCAUCCGCUGCCCCGUUGGCACCUACCAGCCCGAGUUCGGCCAGAACCACUGCAUCACCUGCCCCGGUGACACCAGCACCGACUUCGAUGGCUCCACCAAUGUCACACACUGCAAAAACCAGCACUGUGGGGGUGAGCUGGGCGACUACACGGGCUACAUUGAGUCCCCCAACUACCCCGGCGACUACCCAGCCAACGCCGAGUGUGUGUGGCACAUCGCACCACCCCCCAAGCGCAGGAUCCUCAUCGUGGUCCCCGAGAUCUUCCUGCCCAUCGAGGAUGAGUGCGGGGACGUGCUGGUCAUGAGGAAGAGCGCCUCCCCCACCUCCGUCACCACCUACGAGACCUGCCAGACCUACGAGCGGCCCAUCGCCUUCACGUCUCGCUCCCGCAAGCUCUGGAUCCAGUUCAAAUCCAAUGAGGCCAACAGCGGCAAAGGGUUCCAGGUGCCCUACGUCACCUAUGAUGAGGAUUACCAGCAGUUGAUAGAAGACAUUGUUCGAGAUGGAAGGUUGUAUGCAUCUGAGAAUCACCAGGAGAUUUUGAAAGACAAAAAGCUGAUCAAGGCCCUCUUUGACGUGCUGGCACACCCCCAGAACUACUUCAAGUACACAGCCCAGGAGUCCAAGGAGAUGUUCCCCCGCUCAUUCAUCAAACUGCUGCGCUCCAAAGUGUCCCGGUUCCUGCGGCCCUACAAAUAA